GAGACGUUGCCAUCUUCCUCAUUUAAGUUCUUCAUCAUGAAAAUUCUUCUGAGCCUAGUUUGCAUUUCUGUACUUCUUUCUCCCGCUUUUUUCGAGACCCAAGAAAUCACAAGGAGCAAGAAGCUUCCUGAUAUAUCAACGUCAGUUGAAGGGGUGCCAAAACGUCAUACCCAGGAACCCAAGGAUGCAGAACCAACAAUACUUCCAUCUGUUGGUGCCUCCCUGGAGUGUGAAAUGUGUUUUGGCACGGGAAGUAGUUGUCUAAGUGGCAAAGAGAAGUGUGAAUUGGAUGAGGACAUCUGUCUCAUCGACCUGACAGAAACCUCCAAAGGAGGAAAAAACAUGUCGCUUAUAGAAAAGGGCUGCUAUUUCUCUGAGAACUGUACCUCUGCAUCUGUUUUGGUGACUUUUGGACAAGGAGAAUUCCUCCAGAAAAGCACCCUCUGUUGUUCAGGAGAAGACUGCAGAGAAGAUUCUCUUCUACGGCCACCAAUAAAUAUGACAGCCAAUGGGAAAUACUGCCCAGCCUGCUAUUCUGAAUCUGAGCCGUGUCCUGUGAAGACGGUCAACUGCACUGGAUCUGAAAAUUACUGCCUGGAUUUGCUCGGGCCUAAAUAUUCUGAAAAACGCAUCACUCUGAAAGGUUGCACAACGGAGUCCAUCUGCAAUGCUUUACACUCUGGAAAAGUGAACUUGUUUGAUAUGGAUACUGUCAAUUGCCGGCCAGCCAACCAGGUGUCCCAGCUGACAGGAUGUCUCCACCUCACGCUCGCUGCACACCUGCUGAUGAAAGUCCUCUUGUGAUGCCCCUCUUGCGAGAAGCAGCCGUUAAAGGUUCCUUGUUUCUCCUUCUCAGAAAGAAGAACAUAGAACAUGGAAGUGGUAUUUCACCAAGAAAUAUCACAUACCACCAAAACAUGCCACCGUUUGAGUCCACUCGCUCAGUUUUCUCACUAACUGACCAUCACAAGGUCUCCAGAGGAAAUGUUGGGACUUGAAUUUGGACCCUCUUUUUAACCAAUGAGGAACAGCUUGUCAAGCCAUGAAUACGCAGAAACAACAUUUCUCCUGGAAAAUGCCUGUACUUAAUAGACGUGUGCAAGGUAGAGUGGCCAUCCAAGGUGAUCAAACCAACCAUCCAGGGUGAUCGUCCUUGAUUUAGGAUUUCGUCUCGGAGGAUGGGACUUCUGGAGGCCUGCCACCCAUGCACAGAAGCUGCUGCUUUUCACAAAUAAAGUUUGGCCAUACCACUCUGGUACUAUACUUAAGAAGGUGGAGAGCUCUGUGUCUCCCCUGCAAAACAAUCUUCUGAAGAUUUGCACAAUGUAAUGCUUAAAACCUGGGAUCUGCUACCAGGUUAGUGCAGGGGUCGGCAACCUUAAACACUCAAAGAGUCACAAAGGUCCUAACCGAAAGCCCCCGUUCAAUUCUGGAGCCAACUGGAAGCCUGGUUCCCCUAUCAUAGUCUCCUCCUAGUGCGGCGUCCUUUUUCCUCUACCUAUCCCAGCUGAAAGCCCUAUCAAUUGUGGAGCUGACCAGCAACAGGGAGCCGCAGCAGAGGGAUGAAAGAGCCACAUGCGGCUCCAGAGCCCCAGGUUGCUGACCCCUGGAUUAGUGUAAAGAGUAAUGGUGGUUUUCCCAUGGCAAAUCUAAUCAGGACAGCUGGUUAGGCUUGGUUAGUUUUUAACUCUGGUUUCUGGAUGUAUAUGAAGUAUAUGUAUAUGAAGUUUGAUGCAAUCAUGGCACAAAAAUAUGGCAAAUAUGGUGCCAAUUGUAUGGGUUUACAGUAAUCACGUUAGCAUGUUCUGCCAAUGAGUGAGCAGUGUUAAACCUCUGCUUCAAAUGGACCAAAAUGCUUGACUCGGUUUACGGUAAAAUUCCCUGUUUUCCUCCCUUUCCUGCUGGAUAUUUGGGGGAGAAAUGUUACAGAGCCAUUUGAACUUACUCAAAGCCGUUUGAAUCUCUGAGAGACACCUCCAGACCUCCAAAUAAAAUAUGGUUUUAAACUCGA